GGUGACAAUGACGCUGGAACAGCAGCUGGUGUGGGUGCGUGAAGGCUCCGAGGGUUUCGUGCUGGCUCGUUUGCACGAACUCCUCGGCGAGGAGGCAGAUGUCGUGCCUCUGGACAGCAAGCACGCACGCCGUGUUGCCAGCUUCGACGAUAUACUACCUGCUGGCGACCCUGAUAAGGAAGUCGAUGAUAAUUGCGAACUUAUGUUCCUGAACGAGGCUACACUGCUAAACAACAUAAUAUGCCGCUACAAAAAGAAAAAGAUAUACACGUACGUAGCCAAUAUUCUGCUGGCGGUGAACCCGUACGAAGAUAUCCCGGAUCUGUACUCCUCGGCCACUAUCAAGAAGUAUCAAGGUCGCUCGCUUGGAGAACUGCCGCCUCAUGUCUUCGCUAUAGCGGACAAAGCGUUUCGUGAUAUGAAGUCGUUCAAGCAGUCGCAGUCUAUCAUAGUGUCGGGGGAGUCUGGCGCGGGCAAGACCGAGUCCACUAAAUACAUACUCAAGUAUCUGUGCGACUUGUGGGCGAAGGGCGCGGGGCCUGUCGAACAGAAAAUAUUAGACGCUAAUCCGAUCCUAGAAGCUUUUGGUAACGCGAAAACAACAAGAAAUAACAACAGCUCCCGAUUCGGCAAGUUUAUGGAAGUUCAUUUCAAUGCUAAAUACCAAGUAGUGGGGGGACACAUCUCACACUAUCUUCUAGAAAAAUCAAGAAUCUGCACGCAGAGCGCAGAAGAGAGGAAUUACCAUGUUUUCUAUUUGCUGUGUGCUGGAGCCCCACAGGAGUUGAGAACUGCGCUGGAGAUCACCAAACCUGAUGAUUAUCAAUACUUGAAGAACGGCUGCACCCAGUACUUCACGAGCACGGAGUCUGAGAAGAAGAUCAGCGCGAGUCAGAAAAGCAAGCAGCAGUUGGCUAAAGGUGGUCUACGAGAUCCCAUACUAGAUGAUGUCGAGGACUUUCAGAGGCUGCAUCAGGCGUUGUCGCGCGUGGGUCUGAGCGCGGAGGAGCAACGCGGCGUGUACAGCGUGGUGGCGGGCGUGCUGCACCUCGGCAACGUCAGCUUCGAGGAGGAGGGGGGCGCGCGCGGCGGCUGCAGCGUGGCGCCGCAGUCGCAGCGCGCGCUCGCCGCCGCCGCACGUCUGCUCGGCGUCGACGCCGCGGAGCUGCGCAUGGCGCUCGUCUCGCGCCUCAUGCAGAGCGCGCGCGGCGGCGCCAAGGGCACCGCUAUCAUGGUGCCGCUGAAGCCGCACGAGGCGACGAACGCGCGCGACGCGCUGGCGAAGGCGGUGUACAGCCGCCUCUUCGACUACAUCGUGCACCGCAUCAACACCAGCAUACCCUUCCAGGCCUCCGCGUACUACAUCGGAGUACUCGACAUCGCGGGAUUCGAAUACUUCCAGCAGAACAGCUUCGAGCAGUUUUGCAUCAAUUACUGCAACGAGAAGCUGCAGCAAUUCUUCAACGAGCGCAUCCUCAAGAACGAGCAGGAUUUGUACAAGCGCGAGGGGCUCAAUGUACCGGAGAUACGAUUCGUUGAUAACCAGGAUUGUAUUGAUUUGAUAGAAAGCAAGAACCACGGCAUCUUCCACCUUCUGGACGAGGAGUCGAAGCUGCCCAAGCCUGAGUUCGGACACUUCACACACUCCGUGCACAAGCUGCUCGGCGGCAACGCGCACAGUUCUCGUCUGCAAGUGCCGCGUGCGUCUCGUCUGAAGGCACACCGCAUACUGCGAGAUGAUGAGGGGUUCCUUUUGAGACAUUUCGCUGGAGCCGUCUGCUAUAAUACGAACCAGUUCAUAGAGAAGAACAAUGAUGCUCUCCACGCAUCCCUGGAGUUCCUCGUCCAGGAGUCAUGCAGUGAGCUGGUGCAGCAGCUGUUCCUCACCAGCGAUAACACCAACGCCAAGGGAAAACUCAACUUCAUCUCCGUCGGCGCCAAGUUCCAAGCGCAGCUCGCACAGCUCAUGGACAAACUUAAGGAAAACGGUACGAACUUCGUGCGGUGCGUGAAGCCGAACAGCCGCAUGCAGGGGCGCGUGGUGGAGGGCGCGCUGGUGCUGGCGCAGCUGCAGUGCUCCGGCACCGCGGCCGUGCUGGCGCUCAUGCAGCACGGCUACCCGUCGCGCGCGCACUGCCGCGACCUGCACGCCAUGUACGCCGCGCACCUGCCGCACCAGCUGCAGAAACUCUCCCCACGGCUCUUCUGCGAGGCGAUGGUGCACAGCUUGGGGCUGUCGGACAAGGAGUACAAGUUCGGGGUGACGCGGCUGUUCUUCCGGCCCGGCAAGUACAGCGAGUUCGACGCCAUGAUGCGCUCCGAGCCCGACAGCCUGCGCGCCAUCGUCGGCAGCGUGCUGGCCUGGCUCGUCAAGUCGCGCUGGAGGCGCUCCAUAUUCGCGGCGCUCUCCGUUAUCAAAUUGAAGAAUAAAAUCCUAUACCGUAGAGAAUGUUUGGUUCUCCUACAAAAGACGAUACGAGGAUAUUUAGUGCGUCGUCAGCACAAGCCGAGAUACUCCGGAAUACAGAAGAUCAAAGCUAUAGAAGACAGCCUCAAGAAGAUGGAGUCAGUCACAGCACAACUGAACAAAGAAAAGGACACCGCUAAGAAGAAUAUAGAAAAUCUAAGGAAUUCUAUUAGAAAUGCUUGCGAUUUGAUUAAGCGUAAUGAGAAGAUAUCUCGUGCUGAGAUCGAGCAAAUGUACAGCAAAUUGAGCAAAGAAGCGGAGGCGCAGAUGGCCGCGCUGCAGAAAGCUAUGACUGACCAGAAGAACAGGGAGGAACAAGAGAGGCUGCGUAAGAUCGAGUCGGAGAUGCGCGCCGCAGAGGAGGCCAAGAUGAAAGAGCAGGAGAGAAUCAAACAAGAAGAGGAACACCGCAGGCUCAAGGCGGAGAUGGAGUCCCGGCGCAAGGCGGAGGAGGCGGCGCGGCUGCAGCAGGAGCAGCGCGACCGCGCCGCCGCCGACCUGCUGCAGCACCAGCUCCAGCAGGCCGCGCAGGCUGACCAGGACAACAGGGACAGACUGGAGCAGGAGCGCCGCGACCACGAGAUGGCGAUGCGACUCGCUGAGGAGACAAACGGACACGUGGAAGGAUCCCCGCCACAGCUUAGAAGUUUCCCAUCACUGGACACACUCAACGGGGAGAAUAAGUUGAACAGGUCGGAGCGCGUACGCAUGCAGCAGGCGAUGGCGGGCAAGCAGAAGUACGAUCUCUCCAAGUGGAAGUACUCAGAGCUGCGCGACACAAUCAACACCUCCUGCGACAUUGAACUGCUCGAGGCUUGCAGACACGAGUUCCACCGGCGACUGAAGGUAUACCACGCGUGGAAAGCAAAGAACGCCCGCAAGACAACCAUGCACGAGCAGGAGCGCGCGCCGCAGUCCAUCAUGGAGGCCGCGAAGGCGCCGCGCGUGGCGGGGCGCGAGGUGCUGGGCGCGCGGCACCGCUACUUCCGCAUCCCCUUCGUGCGGCCCGGCGGCGGCGAGCGGCGCGGCUGGUGGUACGCGCACUUCGACGGCCGCUACGUCGCGCGCCAGAUGGAGCUGCACCCCGACAAGACGCCCGUGCUGCUGCAGGCCGGUGUUGACGACAUGCAGAUGUGCGAGCUGAGCCUGGAGGAGACGGGGCUGACUCGCAAGCGCGGCGCAGAGAUACUCGACCACGAGUUCGAGCGCGAGUGGGCGCGCCACAACGGCCCGCCCUACCGCGCGCUCGACAGAAUCCAGCAGUCUUAGCAGAAUUGAUUUAGAUGAUCGAUACAAGUUUCUAACUCUAUUUAUUAAAUUUAAGAUAUAUUUUAAACAAAUUAGUGCUUUCAAAUGUGCCUUCAGAGGUCCUGUAUUUAGGUAUAAUGUAUAGCCUAACCAAGAACAUAUGCAUCCAUCCAUCAAUUACGAGGUUUUUUUAUAUUCCUGGUUGGGCUAUGAUUUUAGAGUCAAAUGAAAUUUAACUAUAUUUUUAGAACUAAAUUGUUUAAUGAUUUUAUGGUAGACUUAAAAUUAUUUGUCUGUCUUGAUUUUAUUAUACGAUGUUAGAGAAGAGAUUUAUUUACAAAAAUGAAAUUAUUUUGCAUUAAAAAAUAGUACGCAUUUUCUAGAAACUUUGCUUCAUUAACGAUAUAAAUUUGAAUUUAUGGAGUUUAUGAAAUACAAUAAUUAUUAUAUUAAAAACAUUUUUUAAUAAAAUUUAUGUUUUUUUAUUAGUUUAAAAAUAAAUUGGUUUAUAAAAGUGAAUGUGAUCAUCUAAAAAAAAUAUUUAAAAAAUGUUUAUGUAUACUACUCCCAUAAUAUUUUUACUAGGGUGUAGAAUGGAGAAAAAUGUAUGCCUUAUAAUUUCUACUGUAGAUUUAUGCAAUAUAGGAUUUAAAUAUUUUUUUUUAAUGUAAUUGAACUGUGAUUCGGGGCAGAGAUAAAUUUAUUUAAAAAAUCAUUCCUAUAUAGACUGAAAAAAAUGUCUUUUUCAUAUGAAACAGUAUUCCAUUUAGAACAGUAUUUACUUCACAGUAUUCCAUACAUUCCUUUUUAACUGUCAUAUCUAGGUGUAGAUAAUAAUAAAGUACAAUGUACAGUUUGAGUGCCUUUGUAAUGCCUUACAUGACCAUUGUUUGUGUUACGCUUUACCAAAUAAAUAUAAGAUUUAAACAA